CAGGUUUGAAACUGGAUGAUUCGUUGUAGUCCUAUUGAUCGGGCACGGAUAAUCGAAUAUUUUAUUUAUUGUCUCCGCUUACAGGUUUCAUUGUAUAUGUCCGAAUAGCUGAAAUCCGUGUGUUGCAGAGCAGUACAUCUAUAUUUGACCCCUUUUAAUUCAUUGCCGAAACCAAAAAAAGGAUUUUAAUGUACUCGCACAGUUGUGGUAGCUAAAUCGUAAAAGGUGUAGCAGAACACAUCGUCUACUGAUAUAAUUUUUCGUGCACGAUAAAUUUUUCUAUUCAUAACCAUAAGACAAAUAAAAUGUCUUCUCCAAGCGCAGGCAAGCGUCGUAUGGACACAGAUGUCAUAAAAUUAAUUGAAAGUAAACACGAAGUCACAAUUCUCGGCGGAUUAAAUGAAUUUUGCGUGAAAUUUUUCGGCCCACAAGGAACACCUUACGAAGGUGGCGUUUGGAAAGUUCGUGUUCAUCUACCGGAGCAUUAUCCAUUUAAAUCACCUAGUAUAGGAUUUAUCAACAAAAUUUAUCAUCCUAAUAUUGAUGAAGUAUCAGGCACAGUUUGUCUCGAUGUGAUAAAUCAGGCUUGGACAGCAUUGUAUGAUCUGUCAAACAUAUUCGAGUCUUUUUUGCCCCAGCUACUUACGUAUCCAAAUCCAGUCGAUCCUCUUAACGGAGAUGCAGCUGCCAUGUACCUACACAAACCGGAAGAAUAUCGUAAGAAGGUGGCUGAUUACGUUCGCAGAUACGCCACUGAAGAAGCACUCCGGGAACAAGACCCAACGGAAAGUUCUGAUAGUGAAAGCAGCAUGUCGGAUUUCAGCGAAGACGAGGCACAAGAUAUGGAAUUAUAACGACGGCUAAUUUUAAAUCGGAAGAAUAGAUCUGUUAGAAACAUAAAUUUCCUUAUGAUUUGGCAAUUUCUUUCAUAGCAGACAACCACCCUAUAUCUUUGAGUCUAAUGGUUCUUCUUUACAAUAUUAUCAUUACUUCAAUUUUAUUUUGUUUCAAAAAAAUAAUGCUGGAAAUUGUCAAAACUGAAAUUCUUUCAGAUUUUCCGAUAUAAAGGUUUGCAUAAAAU